GGACGGCUCUCGAAGCACGGGUGUGUUCGUUUGCUUUGGCAGCGCCUGCAGGCAGUCAAAAGCACAAUCUGCACUCGAAAUACGCGCGCGCUAAGGCCAAACAGGAGUUAUAGGGCGCUUCGAGAAGAGUUAUAUAUCGCUGCGACUCGACUGUCAAAGCUGCGACAGCGUAACUGGCCGCUGCAGAGAGCCAGACCCCGGUCAAAUCGAAAAUCCAACGCGGCGCAUCGAUGGCGGACGAGACCGACGAGGCCACAACGCCAUUGCGCACAGACGAGACCGACGAAGCCACGACGCCGCUGCGCGAAAACACCGAAGCGGACGAGCAGCGCGUUCCGCUCGACACCUCGCUCACGUCGCCGUCGCUCGCGCUCAGCGUCACAAGUGAAGACAAUGAGGCGACGGAGCGGUUGUGGCGGACGUGGCCGGGCCGGAACCGCUUUUUUAUGGAUGGAAGAAUGAUGCUAGGCGCGGACGUCUUUCAAUUACACGUCUCGAGUUUUAUGAUCCUCCUACCAGUCGUCUUAUUCUGCUGGCGCUACGAGGGGCCGUCUUCAUCAAUCACGCUCUACGUCAAGGUUGUAGGAUUUACACUCGGCGUCAUCUGCCUCGCAUCAUUAUGGAAAGUAGCGCUGCGCGACCCCGGCAUCCUACCGCGACGGAGCUGGGAGAACAAAUAUACGGAUACGGAGGACGAGCACUACGAGCCCCUACUCCCCGAGGGCUGGCGCCGCUUCCACGACGACGAGACGGGGCUGCCGUACUAUUUUCGCGAGUCCGACGGGGAAACGGCGUGGGAGAUUCCCCAGUGGUGUGCUACUUGUUGUAGGCCUAGGCCGCCUCGUUCCAAACACUGCGCCGUCUGCGACAACUGCGUCUGUCGCUUCGACCACCAUUGCCCCUGGACGGGGACGUGUAUUGGGGAAAGGAACUAUCUCUCGUUCUUAGCUUUUUUGGCCUGGACGUGUCUGGCGUGUCUGUUCUUGGAUGGGGCGUUGUUGCAUGAAUUAUAUCGAGCAGAUAAAGCGGAGGCGUCUUCGGUCAAGGACGCUUUUAUAGAUUGGGCGACGGCAAAACCAUUAGCCGCGGGCCUCGCCCUCUACCUGUCGUUCCUGCUCGUUUCAUUAAUUGCUUUAUUAGGCUACCAUCUGCGGCUGGUGGCCCUCGGCGAGACGACGAACGAACGGGUGAAGGGCGUCUGGAAGGGCAAAGCGAAGCCGCACGACCGGGGGUGCUGCGGGAAUUAUGCCUUGUUGUUGCGGGAGGCCGUGCCGCCGUCGCGCCUUCCGAACAUGCGGCGGCGCGUGCGGCGCACGGCGGCGGCGUCGACACCUCCCGAAGAUGCGAGCGAGGACGGGGGUGAGUAAUUUGUGUUGAAAUA